UGCCGCCAAAAGACGGGAAGGUUAAGUGAAGCUCACUCGAUUCAACCUAAGCACAAAUAAUCAAUCUAUCUUUCUUGAUCUAGAUUAUGGAUUCUUCACCAUCGUUGGAAGAAUCGAUUUCUGGUUCACCAAACCCUAAAAAUGUAUAUCACAUCGGGGGCAUCACCGUUGAAUUUCCAUACCAACCAUACGGUUCUCAGCUUGCAUUCAUGGGCAGGGUUAUAUCAACACUUGAUCGGGCUGAAAGGGAUGGCCAUUGCCAUGCGCUGCUCGAGUCACCCACUGGUACUGGCAAGUCGUUAUCGCUUCUCUGCUCCGCUCUCGCUUGGCAACAGAGCCGCCGGAAGAAGAAUCUGAUUAUUAAUGGUUCACUCUCUAAACCUGCCCCGGAGGCUUUCACUGACCCGAUGAAUCAUGGCGGUGGGUUUGUUCCCGAUAAUUUGACCUCAGGAUCUCCAGAACCACCUUCCUCUAUGACUGGUAGCAAAAUUUCACGGAAAAAGGCAGCACCAACAAUCUUUUAUGCCUCGAGAACACACUCACAAAUUGCUCAAGUAAUUCGAGAAUACAAGAAAACAACUUACAGGGUGUCCAUGGCAGUUUUGGCAUCCCGCAAACACUAUUGCACAAACAAGCAAAUUAGUGACAAAGAUAAUGUUGAUGAAGAGUGUAAGCUGCUUUUGAGUAAUCAAGAAAGAGGAUGUUUGGAGUUCAAAAAUAUGCACAAAGUGAAAGCUCAUCCCUCAUUUAGAAAAGGUGGUUGUCAUGAGGUCCAUGAUAUUGAAGAUCUAGUGAAAGUCGGACAACUGGUGAAAGGUUGCUCAUUUUUUGCUGCGCGUUCAAUGGCGGAUGAUGCACAAUUAGUUUUCUGCCCAUACAGCUACAUAGUAAGUCCAGCUAUCCGCAGCGCUAUGGAAAUUGAUAUCAAAGGGGCAAUAAUUAUCCUUGACGAAGCCCAUAAUAUAGAGGAUAUAGCUCGUGAUGCAGGUAGUGUGGAUGUUGAACAAGAUGCUCUUUAUAGAAUACAGGUAGAAUUAGGCCAGUUGAGUCUCAAUGAUCCAGCUACUUACCAACCCUUACAUGAGAUGAUACAGGAAAUCAUAAGUUGGAUGGAAAGGAAAAAAGACACCUUGCAGAAGCAUGAUUUCCAGCGCUACUUCUCACGUUGGACUGGUGAGGAGGCCCUGAAAGAGCUUCAAGAAGCUAACAUAUCACGACAAUGUUUUCCUGUCUUACAGGAGUGUGCAAGAAAGGCAAUUAAAGCUGCCUCAGAUGCUGAAUUGGAAGGGGCUUGUCUGAGUGGCUUAUCAGCGACAAUUCUUGCUGGAUUAUUCAGCUCACUGGGCUAUUUCUUUGCUGGAGACGGGCUUCAUAUGUGUGAUUACUUGCUUACAUUGCAAAACUACUUUAAAAGAGAUGCUGGUGAUCAGCUAUCACGGCGAAGGACUGGCAGAAGAGAUGGUGGAAAUGAUGUUGGAGGCUGGUCAUAUUCAUUGAGUAUGUGGUGCUUGAAUCCAUCUGUUGUAUUCAAAGAUCUAGCAAAUCUUUCAAUGUCAGUAAUUCUAACAUCAGGGACUUUAUCACCAAUGAGCUCCUUUUCAUCUGAACUUGGUGUUCAAUUUGGAACUUGUUUAGAAGCUCCGCAUGUUAUAGAUGCAGAGUCACAGAUUUGGGCUGCAGUCGUCUCAAGGGGUCCUGGUAACUAUCCAUUGAACGCAAGUUAUAAAACAGCUGAUGGAUAUGCAUUCCAGGAUGCACUUGGAUCCUCUUUGGAGGAAAUAUGCCGAAUUGUUCCUGGUGGUGCUCUUAUUUUCUUCCCAAGCUAUAAGCUCAUGGAAAAACUAUGCAAUCGAUGGCGUGAGACAGGGCAAUGGUCUCGGUUAAAUAGCUGCAAAAAGACUUUUGUUGAGCCACGAGGAAGCCAAGACGAUUUUGAACGUAUUUUGAAGGGGUAUUACACUGCAAUAAGUCAUGGCAAUAAACCUACUCUUGGGAAAAAAAAGAGAAGUAUAAAUCUUGGUAAUGGAAAGUGCAAUUCAACAGAAUGUACAACAAAAUCCAAGGAAGGAGCAGCCAUGCUUGCAGUUUGCCGUGGAAAGGUUUCAGAAGGUAUCGACUUCACUGAUGAGUUUGCCCGAGUUGUCAUACUUGUGGGCAUACCCUUUCCAAACAUAAAUGAUAUUCAGGUUGCGCAAAAAAAGAAGUAUAACGACAUGUAUCGAGCAUCAAAAGGCCUUUUAAGUGGAAGUGAGUGGUACUGUCAGCAAGCAUUCCGAGCUCUGAAUCAAGCUGCAGGACGCUGUGUCCGACACAAGUUUGAUUAUGGAGCUAUUAUUUAUCUAGAUGAGCGUUUUCUUGAAGAUCGGAAUAGAACACACAUUUCAAAAUGGAUAAAGAAGUCCAUUAAGCAGUAUGAGAACUUUGAUCAGUCACUUGAGGAUCUAAAAUCGUUCUUCCAAAAUGUCAAAGAACGGGUUGGAAAAAACUUCAUUGAAUCCAAGAAACCUGAAACUGACGACACCAUAAAUUCUUCAAUAUUUCCAGAGACAGCAUUCGUGAAAAGGGAAAACAAAAAGGCAAACAAAGGUAGCUCUAAAUUGGUUCAGCAAAGUAUAAUAGCAACAGCCAGAACAAGUAGAUUUUUCCAAUCAGCUUCUCUUGUACAAGAAAAGGCCUCUUUCAUCCAAGAAGAAUGCCAAAAUAACAUUGAAGAUGAUGCAUUAGGUCUAGCAUCAGAACAGGAACAUUUUAGAAGCUAUACAGGACAAGUUGAUGUCAAAAGCAAUUCUCCUGGACACCUUAGAUGCUCUCUUCCUCAGACUAUGGAUUUUAACCAUGAAGAUUCUGAAAUGAUAUUUGUCAGGGAAACUCCUGGUAUAACUGGUAGUCCCUCUUCAGAUUGUCCUGAAUCCUUUGGAAACAAUGAAGGCACAACUUUUAACAUGAAUCAUGCCUCCUUUGGAUUUCCUUCAUGUUUAUCAUCUAUUCCCACAUCAUUAAGUAAUUCAAAUGCUUCAUCUGUAUUGCCACAUUCUUUGAUGGUAACCCCUGAUAAAAGUGAUGGGACAGAUAGAAAGAUCCCAGUUCAUGAAACAGAAUCUACCACCAAGUUAAGUGUAAACUCUCACGUUCAGAAAAAAAGAAAGCCUUCUAGUUUGCCAUGCUUCAACCUCAUGCAAGUGGGGCUAUUUGAUGAUGAUCGCCAUACAGAAGAUUCAGAACAUGUUGAUCGUAAACUGAGCUCUGUGACAACUGUUGAUGGGAAUCCCAAUGUUGGAUGUAGUUUUGGAACUAAUUAUUCUGGAAUCAAAUCCAAGAAGGGUGAUGAAUCAUGUGUACCUUUAUAUUAUCUUCAGGACAAGAGACUGCAAGUUUUCUGCUCGCACUGCAGAAAUCCCCUAGGUCAUCCAAAUAACCAGCUUUACAUGGAGUGCACAAUAACUUCGUCCUCUAAAACUUACUUGGCUGAUUUGCUCAAAAGAAAACCAGAAGUUCAAGGACAUACUAUAACAAGUAUAUCUGUGGUCUUAACAGAUGUAUCGUCAAUUGACCCUAGGAUCUGCAACAGAAAUCUCGAGGAUUCUUCACAACAAGGAGUCUGGUGUAGGGAAGAUGGAUGUGUAUUUUGUAUUGUUUACUGCCCCUUCUGCAUUACCCCUGACAAUCUUCUUGGUGUUCAAGUUAUGGCUACUGAUGCGUCAAAUAUUCAUUUGCUUAACAAGAUCCUUUUCUAUCAUGAUUUACUGAUAAUCAAGAAUCCUGAAGCGUCAAACGAUAAGCCUUCAUUAAUAUUGGAGCCAUCUCCUGAUUGUGAAGCCAACCUUUUUUCUAAAGGUGCAAUUCCUGAUCCAUUUCAGAAAUUCUCUUACAGCCCAAAAAACAGUAUUUCAGAUGGUUGGAGGACUACAAGAUCUAAGUUGCGGUUGCCAAGAAAUGGAUCAAAUUCUUACCUGGGUCAAUGAUAAAAAAAAUUGCAUCACUCUGAAGAGAACAUUGGUACAUGGGAGAGAACGUGCAAGGUUGUGUUUUCUUCCUUGGAAGAAACCUGAGAUUGUAAAUGGGUAUGAUUAUCAAUGGCAAUGUGUUAGGAGGAGAUAAAAACAGGAAUAUUUGCAUUAGAGUGUAGGUACAUUGUGUGAUCAUAUAUCUUCUUCUUCAUGAAGGAGAAUCAGUUGUCUUUGUAGGUUACAGUUAGCAUUCAGUAAUCAUCCUCUCUUUUAGCAUAACAGAGGUGGAUAUUACCCCUAAGUUUUUGGGUUCGAACCUGUCAGGCGGUAAGUUUUGCGCCUGGUUAAAUGGUUAAGUGUGUUUACGGGCUACAUACUUAAUCCGUUGUCCCGUUCUUUUUUAAAAAAAAAAAACAUGAGUAAUCAUUUAUUGCCUCCUUAGCUCUAUUAUAUGAACUAUUGAGCUAGUUAGUUAUCUGGUCUUAAUUCUAUUAACACCUGUUUGGGAAUUAAGUUUUGAGGACUGGCCAGUGUACAUUUGUAAAUUUUAUUAUGCAUUUAUUUUACCAACUUUUUUAA